UACUCAGCGGCCAUGGCGAGCGCUCAGCGGCCUCCCAGCGCCUCUCGUCCGGCCAACAAAGGCGCCGCCGGCCGACCGGCGACCGGCACACGGCCCCCGCCCACCGCACCGAGACUCAGCACCGGCGUAUCUCCUGGUACAGCAAGACUAGGCACACGUGGUGGAAUGGUAAUGUCUGGAGGAGUGCUUUCUGCCCAGAUUAAAGUUGCUGAUCGGCCAGUAACGCAGCAGGGAUUGAGUGGAAUGAAAACUGGAAUGAAAGGACCACAUCGUCAGAUUCUGGACAAAUCCUACUUUCUUGGACUGCUUAGAGCUAAAAUCAGUGAACUUACAACAGAAGUUAGCAAGUUGCAAAAGGAAAUCGAUACCUUUAAUCAAGAAAAUUCUGUGUAUCUAUCCUAUGAAAAGAGAGCUGAAGCAUUGGCUAUAGAAAUUAAAGAUCUGCAAGGACAGCUGGCAGAUUACAAUAUGCUGGUAGACAAGCUGAAUACCAAUACUGAAAUGGAAGAAGUUAUGAAUGAUUACAACAUGCUCAGAGCACAAAAUGAUCGUGAAGCUCAGAACAUGGAUGUCAUCUUUACAGAACGACGCGAGAAAGAAGACUUGAUUAGAGUGAUUGAUACAGAAAUUGACCAAGAGAAACAGGCAGCAGACACCAUCAUCAAAAAUAUGACAGAAGAUAAACAAGCGAAAUACAUGAAGAUGAAAGCAACGAAUGAGCAUCUGUUACAGGAGUUGGAUUCUCGGCAGCAUGACUUGGAUGUAUUGAACACGAGAAAGGAAUCUCUGGAGGCUGAGAUAUCUCACUCCCAGGUGAAGCAAGAAGCGGUGGCACUUUAUGAAAAACUCCAUGAGCUUGAAAGUCAUCGCAGUCAGAUGAUUGCCGAGAAUAAAAGUGUGGAAUCGCCACAGGAAGAGAGGGAACGUCUACUAAAGCAGGUUAAAGAAGAUAACCAAGAAAUAGCAAGCAUGGAAAGACAGCUCACAGAGAUGCGGGAGAAAGUAAACCAAGUAACUGAGGAAAUUCGACAACUUGAUAUGGACUUGGAGGAACAUCAAGGAGAGCGAAAUCAGAAGUACAAAGAGCUAAAGAAAAGAGAAGAAACAAUGGAUGGAUUCCUGGAUACUGCUGAAGAAAUCAAAAAUCAAGAAUUGGAACGAAAAUCUCAACUUGAGGGUAGCAUUGUCGCAAUUCUGGAACAUACAACUAGAAAUAUGAACCGGAUGAGACAGAUUUCCUCAAUAACUGCACACGAACUUAAAUCCAUGCAGGAAGACCUGACUUUCAAGGAAACUGAAAUGCAGAAAUCGCAGACAACUGCCAAGGGUUUGACUGAUGAGAGCCAACGGCUCCAACAAGACCUUCAGAAAGUUGAACAACUUGAGAACAAGAUCAAUGCUGAGCUAGGUUCUUUAAAAGAAAAAAUCCAGCAGAUAACAUUUGCGCUUGAAACCUAUAAUGACCUGAAUGGCCUGAAGACAGCUGGAGAGGAGAAGAAAAAGAAACUCCAGGAGGCGAAAGUGAGACUGAUAAAACGAAGAAGAAACACAUUUAAGAAGAUGAUGCAACAAGUCUCAAAGGAAUACGAUAUUCUGAAGAUGCAGCUACAGGAAAAUGAAACCCAUUCACAGCUGAUGAAUCUGGAACGCAAAUGGCAGCACCACGAACAGAACAAUUUUGUCAUGAAAGAAUUCAUUGCUACAAAGGGAAUGGAGAGUAAUUACCAACCUGUUGUGAAAAAUGUUACCAAACAACUUACCGAGUUCAACAAAAUACUUCAUGAAGCCCUUCAAAACGCCAGAAAUUGACUGAAACUUUAUCUAGUCUGGAAAGACUUGAAAGGGAAUAAUUCAUUUAUUGUGAAAUAUUCAUAUGGUUUGCUCACGUUUUACUAACUUUUUCUCAUACAUUUCAGUAUUUUCUGGUUUUAGCUUACCUGCAGUUUAUUGUGAGAAUGUUUAUUGUUCUUGGAUUCUCUACACAAAGAUAAAUACUUUGCUGAAAUGCAAUUUGUUUCAUAAUGGGUGAUUUAAUAACUUCAGUUAUUUUUGUGAAUGUGUGAAAAUAGAAUGAGCAUUAUAGCAAAUAAACAUUUCCUUGUCACAUGAA